UGAUGCGAUUGGUCAGCGCGGUUCGGUCGGAAAUGGCGGGUGAUGUGGGCCGGAGGCUUCUCAGCGUCACCGAGAGGAUCAGCAGCGCUGCGGCGCGAAGGGAGCGGGCAUUACCUGCUGUUGUACCACGUCUUGUGGCUGUUGGUAAGACCAAACCGCCAUCCCUUCUGAUUGAAGCUUACCGCCAUGGCCAGAGACACUUUGGGGAAAACUAUGUGCAGGAGUUGGUGGAGAAAGCUUCUGACAGCCAGAUCCUUUCCCUCUGUCCUGAAAUAAAGUGGCACUUCAUUGGGCACCUCCAGAAGAACAACGUUAACAAGCUGAUGGGUGCUCCCAACCUAUUCAUGAUUGAGACCAUUGACUCCAUCAAACUGGCUGAUAAAGUGAACCUCUCCUGGCAGAAGAAGCAAGCUGCACAUCAACUGAAGGUCAUGGUACAGGUCAACACCAGCGAGGAGGACAGCAAACAUGGUCUGUCGGCAGAGAACACCGUAGAAACAGUCAAGCAUAUUUUUGACAACUGCCAGAGUCUAGAGUUUGUUGGCUUGAUGACCAUUGGAAGAUAUGGUUAUGAUCUGAGUGCAGGUCCCAAUCCAGACUUUCAGGUAAUGUUAGCGUGCCGUCAGGAACUGUGCGGUAAACUGAACCUGCCUCUGGAAGCAGUGGAACUCAGCAUGGGGAUGUCUACAGACUAUGAGCACGCUAUUGAAGUGGGGGCCACCAGUGUGCGGGUCGGAAGCGUUAUAUUUGGUGAACGGAUGUACCUCAAUAAACCGGGCUCCAACAUCGAGGCGGACAAACCUGAGACAACAACAGGAGGAAUGGUUUCCAAAAUGUCUUGAGCCAUUGGACAGAGGGAAAGGUGGGGGUGGGAUUGGGAAAAUCUUGCUCAGAAUCCACUGCCCGAAUUAAGCCUUUCACUGCAAACCUCCUAGUAUUUGAAUAAUUUGUUCUGAAGACAUUGGUCUGAGAGAUUUUUCCUGCUGUCAAUGGAUGUAAAUAUAAUUGUGAUUGAAGUACUCUUGGAGCAGAUAGGGAGGGACUUCAUUAGACAUCUCUCCUACUAAUUCCAUCUGGAAACAUUUCACGUGUUCAUCCAAUUCCUUCUAAAAAGUUAUUAAAUCUCUCAGCAGUACUCCCAGUCAGCACCCUCUAGCCUUGUCUGUCAUUUCACAUAGUCUUAUGUAGUCACUCACACAGGCCGCACUAAUUAUCAAACACCCAUUUCCUCAGAACGGUUUUAAUCCCAGCCUCUGGCACUGUCUGUGGAAUUUGCACGUUCUCCCUGAGACUGCAUGGUUUUCCUCCCACGUGGAAUAUUGUAUCCUGAAGAAGGGUCUUGGUUUGAAACAGCGAAUGUUUGUUCAUUUCCAUAGAUGCUGCCUGACCUGCUGAGUUCCUUCAGCAUCUUGGGUGUGUUGAUAUUGUGUUGCAGUUCUGGUUGCCUCAUUACAGGACGGAUGUGGAAGAUUUGGAGAUGGUGCAGAAGAGAUUUACCAGAAUGCUGCCUGGAUUAGAGAGCAUGUCUUAUGAGAAGAGGUUGAGUUAGCUAGGGCUUUUCUUUUUGGAGUGAAGGAGGAUGAGAGGUGAUACGAUAGCGGAAGACAGGAUGAUAAGAGGCAGAGACAGAGUGGAUAACCAGAGACUUUCCCCAGGGCAGAAAUGGCUAAUAUCAGGGGGCAUAAUUUAAAGAUGAUUGGAGAAAUUAUAGGGGGGGAUGUCAGAGAUAGUUUUAUUUUACACAGAGUAGUGGGUGUGCAGAAUGUGCUGCCAAGGGUGGUGCUAGAGACCUUUAAGAAACUCGUAGAUGUGAAUGUGGAUGUUAGAAAAGUGGAGGGUUAUGUAGGAGGGAAGGGUUAGAUUGAUCUUGGAGGUUAAAAGUCAGCACAACAUUGUGGGCUGAAGGGCCUGUAUUGUGUUGUGUUGCCUAAAGGCAAGUGGGUUGGUGGUAAGUGGCUGCUGUGAGUUAUCAGUAGCACAGCUGCUUCAGAAUGCAGAGCUGGUUUCACCUGCUCUCCUCACUGCUCAGCCUCAUGUUGGAUUUCCUCUCUAAUGAAGACAAAAGCCCAUUAGUAUUUUAUAGCUCUGUCAAUUUAAUAUAUUGAAGAAUUUAAUUGAUAACUACCGACUCACCCCAUCCAUUAGAGUUCCAACUUUAGGAUUACCUAGCAAUCUCUGGAAUUAGAGAUCUGCUAGACCGUCAUGUGAGACAAAUGAAGUAAAUAAAAUAUUAAUAAGCAGCAGUCUCUCCGGACUCUGGAUUGGGGAUUGCCAAACAUUACAUGGAUUUUCUGGUGUACUCUGUUUUGUCAUAUGCUUUUGUGAUAUCAUUCUGGGGGAAUGUUGUCUCAUUUUUUAACUGCAUUGCAUUUGUGGUUUCUAAAUGACAAUAAACUGAAUCUGAAUCUGAAAUGUUAAAGGUUAA